CUCAAUAGGAAAUCAUUCAAUCGGUCCUAACAGACAGACACAGCUCAUACAAUCAAACCUCUAUACAUAUAUUCCAUCCUUACAGUCACUCUCACUCAUCAAACCCUGCUUUCCCUCUCUCUCUAGCCAUGGAUCCUUGCCCUUUUGUCCGGCUGACCGUAGAAUCCAUGGCCAUUCAACUGCCGGCCUCCCGAACCAGACCGGCCGGUUCAGGAGUCCACCCUUCAACCACUCCAUGCUACGCUAAUCUCAACCUUCAAAACUUCCCUCCACAAACUGCCCUCCUUCCCGUCUCCACCGCCACCGCGCCGGAAUCCUCCACCUCCGCCGCCGCAACCUUCCACCUCCGCCCCGACGCCCUCCGGGGACUCUCGCGGCUCAAUCUCAAAAUCUCAGUCUUCUCUGGCCGUAUGGGAGGCCACACGUGCGGGAUCAAGGGUCGGAGGCUGCUGGGCUUUGUACACGUGUGCAUCGAUCUCGGCGAUGCUCAGACCAAAGCCUGCUUGCAUCAGACCGGCUGGACAAAGCUCGGUCGAACCGGAGGGAACGCAGCGGCUAGCUUGCAUUUGACGGUCCGGUCUGAACCGGAUCCGAGAUUCGUCUUCCAGUUCGGCGGCGAACCGGAGUGUAGCCCGGUGGUGUUUCAGAUCCAGGGGAAUCUCCGGCAGCCGGUUUUCAGCUGCAAGUUCAGCGCCGAUCGGAAUAAUCGAUCACGAUCACUCCCAUGUGACUUCAACAACAAAGGCGGCGGCGGCCGCCGAUGGCUGAGGACAUUUUCCGGCGACAAAGACCGCAUCGGGAGGGAGCGAAAAGGGUGGAUGGUAGUAGUCUAUGACUUAUCGGGCUCGGCCGUGGCGGCAGCCUCAAUGACGACACCUUUCGUGCCGUCAUCCCCGGGCUCUGACCGCGUGUCACGGUCAAACCCCGGGGCGUGGCUCAUCCUUCGCCCGAGCGGGCCCGCGCCCGCCGCCAGCUGGAAGCCGUGGGGCCGGCUCGAGGCGUGGAGGGAGAGGGGCCCGCUCGACGGGCUCGGGUACAAAUUCGAGCUCGUGAUGGGGGACGGAAUAAAUCGUGGGAUUCCAAUUGCGGAAGGGAAUUUGAGUGUGAGUAAGGGCGGAAAGUUCCGGAUUUCUGGGUCGAACCUGCAUGGAUUUGUGAUGGAGUCGAGCGUUGAAGGAGAAGGGAGGGCGAGCAAGCCGAGUGUGGAGGUGGGUGUGCAGCACGUGACUUGCAUGGGCGACGCGGCGCUGUUCGUCGCGGUGGCGGCCGCGGUGGACCUGAGUAUGGACGCGUGCCGGCUGUUUUCGCAGCGGCUGAGGAAGGAGCUGGUGAUGGGUGAGGGGAGUGAGUUGAUGUUUGUUUAGGAACUUAUGAUGAUUUCUUUUUUUUUUGUUUUUUUUUUUUUUUUUUGAAGUUGGUAAUUGAAAUUUUUUUGAGUUAGAUGAAAAUUGUUUCGACGUGGAUUUGAAAAUUGGGAGUAUUCUUUAUUCUUUUUUGGUG